UCUAUAUUAUUUUUUUUACAUUUGCAAUACAUUUACUUUAAAUUUGAAAAAAAAUUACAAAAUGAAGAACAAGGAUAAUGAAAAUUGUUCUAUUUGUAUGGAAAUCAAACGUAAUCCUAUUAUACUAGAGUGUCAGCACAGUUUCUGUACCGAAUGUGUUCUCAGCUACCUUCACUACAGUGCCAGUUGCCAUGUAACUUGCCCCUUAUGUAGAGCUAUUCUAAACAGCCAUCACAUUUUGGAAAUCUUGAAGACAAGACAACGGAAAAGACAAUUAAUAAAAAUCUUGUGUAGUAUUUUGUUCUAUGGUGGUUUGUCUGCACUAGGAGCCAUAACUGCGUUUUCAAUAGUGUCUUUGAAGUAUACAUAAGGGUCUGGACUAUAACGUUUGGUUUCCUGCAAUGGCUAUUGGUUGGUUGUUUCGUUUGGUUUGGUUGAUAAUAUACAUUCUAUUUCGUUAGUAAAAACAUGUCUCAAGAUAUUUUUUUUAUUUUAUUUUGUUCAACAUGAUUAUGUUAAUUUGCAUUGUAAAAUUAUAAUUCAAAACAACGUGUAAACGAAAUUCGUAUUGUGUUAAUUUUAAAGUAAGCUCAUAUAUUUA